CCGGCCCGGACAGCUCUCCUGCACACUCGCAGCUCUCGCACAUCUCUUGGUGUCCCAAGCACGGCAAGAGAUCCGAGAGCACAGCCGCGGCCAUGGACUCCAGCCAGGCGCCGCCUCUCCUCCUCCGCGCUCCCACUCCCAGCAUUGACCUCCCCGCGGCCAAGGACAAGGCCGCCGCCGCCGUGUUCGACCUGCGGCGGGAGCCCAAGAUCCCGGCGCCGUUCGUGUGGCCGGACACCGACGCGCGGCCGACCUUGGCCACGGAGCUGGACGUGCCGGUGGUCGACGUGGGCAUGCUGCGCAAUGGCGACGGCGCGGGGCUGCGCACCGCGGUGGCGCAGGUGGCAGCGGCGUGCGCUACCCACGGGUUCUUCCAGGUGUGCGGGCACGGCGUGGACGCGGCCCUGGCGCUCGCCGCGCUGGACAGCGCCGGCGACUUCUUCCGGCUGCCGUUGGCCGAGAAGCAGCGCGCCCGGCGCGUCCCCGGCACCGUGUCCGGGUACACGAGCGCGCACGCCGACCGUUUCGCAUCCAAGCUCCCAUGGAAGGAGACCCUCUCCUUCGGCUUCCACGACGGCGCCGCCUCACCCGUCGUCGUCGACUACUUCACCAGCAUCCUCGGCCAAGAUUUCGAGCAAAUGGGGCGGGUGUACCAGAGGUACUGCGAGGAGAUGAAGGCGCUGUCGCUGACGAUCAUGGAGCUGCUGGAGCUGAGCCUGGGCGUGGAGCGCGGCUACUACCGGGAGUUCUUCGAGGACAGUCGCUCCAUCAUGCGGUGCAACUACUACCCGCCGUGCCCGGAGCCGGAGCGCACACUGGGCACGGGCCCGCACUGCGACCCCACCGCGCUCACCAUCCUCCUCCAGGACGACGUCGGCGGCCUCGAGGUCCUCGUCGACGGCGACUGGCGCCCCGUCCGCCCCGUCCCUGGCGCCAUGGUCAUCAACAUCGGCGACACCUUCAUGGCGCUGUCGAACGGGCGGUACAAGAGCUGCCUGCACCGCGCGGUGGUGAACCGGAGGCAGGAGCGUCGGUCGCUAGCCUUCUUCCUGUGCCCGCGCGAGGACCGCGUGGUGCGCCCGCCGCCCACCACCGGUGCCUCCCCGCGGCAGUACCCGGACUUCACCUGGGCCGACCUCAUGCGCUUCACGCAAAGUCACUACCGCGCCGACACCCGCACCCUGGACGCCUUCACCCGCUGGCUCUGCCCCCACGGCCCAGCCCAGGAGGCGGCGGCAGCGGCAACCUCAUGCACCUAGCUAGCAAGGCUACCGUCCGGGCUCCAAGCCUCGAGCCAUCUCCUUCGUCUUGCGAUUUUUGCCGGGGCCCGCGUGGGUCACACGGGCGCGGCGGGAUGUGGCGGCCACGUGGACCGCGGGCCCCACGCCACCCCAUUUUUGGACGCUGGCGCGCUUGCCUGAUGCGUCGACAGCCUAGUGUACAUAUCUGCAUAGAUACUCCAUAAUAAGCAAGCAAGCAAGCGGGUGGAUUCCGUUCUGCAUUUUCUCUCUAUCUUAAGAGAGAUGUGUGAUGUUCAGCUGAAAUGCAAAAAUGGAGUUGCAGUUGAAACCUUCCUUUUUGAGACACAGCAGCUGGGUUCCUACUUGAUUUUCUCUUUAUCU